UAUACGGAAUAACUCAAGAUACAACUGGCCAAUAUAUGAUUGUACUUGAAGAUUCUUAUUUUAUAAGGUAUAAGAUAUUUGGAGAAUGUGCACAAUGCGGGCGAUACAAUACUUCAGAAGCAUGGUGUCAGUCGUGUGAUACUUAUAAAGCUACUCAAGGAUGGACUAGUGGAAAUAAGGAUAUCGAUAAUUGCAUUAAAGAAAUUCAGCUUAAAGCUAUUAAAUAUGAAAACGUAAUUGAAUGGAUUCCAUUUAAUAGGUUAUCCAACUUGCAAAAAGUUGAUGAAUCAAGAUUUCAGGCAUUAUGGUUAGAUGGGAUACGAAAGGCUAAAAAUUAUACACGGUUACGUACAUUGCCAUGUUCAGUCGAACUUAAGAAAUUUGAUUGUUUACAAGUUGAUGCAUUAGAAUUUAUAAGAAAUAACAAUAAAGUAUACGGAAUAACUCAAGAUACAACUGGCCAAUAUAUGAUUGUAUUUGAAGAUUCUUAUUUUAUAAGGUAUAAAAUAUUUGGAGAAUGUACACAAUGCGAGAGAUAUAAUACUUCAACAGCAUGGUGUCAGUCGUGUGAUCCUUUUAAAACUACUCAAGGAUGGACUAGUGGAAAUAAAGAUGUGGAUAAUUGCAUUAAAGAAGUUCAGCUUGAAGCUACUGAAUAUGAAGACGUAAUUGAGUGGAUUCCAUUCAAUAGGUUAUCUGAAUUUAGAAACAUCGGCGAAACAGAAUUUCAGGCAUUAUGGUUAGAUGGAAUACGAAAGAUCAAAAAUAAUACACAAUCUCGUGCAUUAUCAUGUUCAGUCGAACUUAAGAAAUUUAAUGGUUUACAAGCUGAUGCAUUAGAAUUUAUAAGAAAUUUUAAAAAUUGUAUUCAGUUAAAGGAUAGUAAACAUAAAAUAUACGGAAUAACUCAAGAUACAACUGGUCAAUAUAUGAUCGUACUUGAAGAUUCUUAUUUUAUAAGGUAUAAGAUAUUCGGAGAAUGUGCACAAUGCGAGAGAUAUAAUACUUCAGAAGCAUGGUGUCAGUCGUGUGAUCCUUUUAAAACUACUGAAGGAUGGACUAGUGGAAAUAAUGAUAUCGAUAAUUGCAUUAAAGAAUUUCAACUUAAAACUAUUAAAUAUGAAAACGUAAUUGAGUGGAUUCCAUUUAAUAGGUUAUCUAACUUGCAAAAAGUUGAUGAUGAAUCAAGAUUUCAAGCAUUAUGGCUAGAUGGGGUACGAAAGUCUAAAAAUCAUACACGGUUACGUACAUUACCAUGUUUAGUCGAACUUAAGAAAUUUGAUGGUUUACAAGUUGAUGCAUUAGAAUUUAUAAGAAAUUUUAAAUAUUAUAUUCAAUCAAAUGAUUUAAAUUAUAAAGUACAUGGAAUAACACAACAUGCAGAAAUUAAUCAAUAUAUGAUCGUAUUUUCUUAUAUGAGAUACACUGAAUAUGGAGGAUGUAAACAGUGCAAGAGACAUAAUACUGCUUUUACCUGGUGCCGUUCGUGUGAUCAUUUUAAAACUACUCAAGUAUGGACUAGUGGAAAUAAUGAUAUUGAUAAUUACAUUAAAGAAAUUCAGCUUAAAGCUACUGAUUAUGAAGACGUGAUUGAGUGGAUUCCAUUCAACAGGCUAUUUGAAUUUCGAAACAUCGGCGGAGCGGAAUUUCAGGCAUUAUGGUUAGAUGGAAUACGAAAGAUAAAAAAUAAUACACAAUCACGUACAUCAUCAUGUAUAGUCGAACUUAAGAAAUUUAAUGGUUUACAAGUUGAUGCAUUAGAAUUUAUAAGAAAUGAUAUCAAACAUAAAAUAUACGGAAUAACCCGGGAUACAGCUGGACAAUAUAUGAUUGUGUGGGAUGAUUUUUAUUCUACAAGGUGUAGGAUAUAUGGAGAAUGUGCACAAUGCGAGAGAUAUAAUACUUCAGAAGCAUGGUGUCAGUCGUGUGAUCCUUAUAAAACUACUCAAGGAUGGACUAGUGGAAAUAAUGGUAUCGAUAAUAGCAUUAAAGAACUUCAGCUUAGUGCUACAAGACAUGAAGAUGUUAUUGAGUGGAUUUCUUUUAAUAGAUUAAUUAAUUUACGCAAGAUUGGAGAGACAACGCUUAUUGCAAUAUGGCUAGAUGGAAUACGAAAGGUCGAAAAUAAUGCACAAUCACGUUCGUCUUCACACAUAGUAGAACUUAAGGCAUUAGACAAUCCUCAAAUAAAUGCAUUAAAUUUUAUAAGAAAAUUUAAGAACCAAAAUAAAGAAUAUAAAGUAUACGGGAUAACUCAAGAUAUCUCAACACAAUAUAUGGUUGUGGUUAAUUUUACUUUUAUAGGAGAUAAGAAAAUAACUCAAGGAUGGACAAGUGAAAGUAUCAACAUUGACAAUUGCAUUAAGGAGUUUCAAUCUAUAGCCACCGAGUAUGAUGAAGUGAUAGAAUGGAUUUCUUUUGACAGAUUGAGUAAUAUUCGAGAGAUCGGAAAAGGGGGAUUUGGAUGCGUUUAUUCCGCAAUCUGGUUAGACGGAAAACGAAAAAUCCUAAAUAACGGCAAGGAGUUUAUACAGUCACGUACACAAUCUUAUACCGUCGCACUUAAACUUUGCCCGGUUCUCAAACAAGGAACCCCCGAUUUCUAUGUUGAUUUUGCAAAUCUAUGUAUGAAUUCUGAUCCACAAAAGCGACCUACAGCUAAAAUUAUUUUUCAAAAGCUUGAAAAAUGGUAUGGUUUUAUAGAAGAACUUGAUGAAAUUGAAAUUGACGAAGAUGACAUGAGUGUAAUAGAUCUCGACAAAGUUGAUGAACCAGAAAAAGUAGAAAUAAGUAAUAAAUUUUGGGAAUCCGAUGAAAUAGUUAAGCAACUACCCAUAACUUUGCAGAAACAUCAAGAUGUCACAUAUACAAGUCAAUUUAUCGAUACUUAUUAUAUUUCUCAACAAUACAACAAAUUAGUUAAAAGCGAUAAUUUAUCUCAACAGCAUGAUGAAUCAAUUGAUAUUAGCACAACAG